AUGCAUGAUGGCAUCGUUGGCGGUAAAGUCUCCGUUCCCCACAGUCGACCCUAUAUGGUCUACAUUCGUGAUAAGAUAUCAAAAUUAGCAUGUGGUGGUUUUUUGGUAAGAGAGGAUUAUGUGAUGACAGCUGCCCACUGUAAACAAAGUCAUCUUAUGGUCUAUUUGGGGGUCUAUGACACCAACUUUUUACCUGACGGUAUAGAGGUAGAUCCCAUUCCACAUCCAAAAUUCAGUAUGGAGAGACCAGAUCAUGACGUCAUGCUUCUAAAGGUAAUAUAUAAGAUUGAACUAUUUUAUUAUUUCAAUUUCAUAAUUACCAUCACACUUUGAAAAACGGCCUUUCAUGAUA